UUGAAGCUCCAGGCGGAAGCGGCUUCUCUGGCUGUUGCCACGUCGGGAUUGCGAGAGAACCCUCUAAUUUCUCUCAAUUUAAUCUCGAAAAAUAUAAUUUGGAGGGUGUGCGGACAGUGUGCAGUCAUGGUUUCUGUUAUCAACACAGUGGACACGUCACAUGAGGACAUGAUCCAUGACGCUCAAAUGGACUACUACGGCACUCGACUGGCCACCUGCUCCUCUGACCGAACCCUCAAGAUCUUUGAUGUCAGGAAUGGGGGCCAGAUACUCGUAGCUGACCUCCGGGGUCACGAGGGUCCUGUGUGGCAGGUGGCAUGGGCACACCCCAUGUUUGGCAACAUACUGGCUUCUUGUUCCUAUGAUCGCAAAGUCAUCGUCUGGAAGGAGGAGAACGGCGCCUGGGACAAGAUGUAUGAAUACAUGGGACAUGAGUCGUCAGUCAACUCAGUCUGCUGGGGUCCGUAUGAAUUUGGUCUGAUUCUGGCGUGUGGCAGCUCCGACGGCGCCAUUUCCCUCCUGACAUUCACGGGAGACCAGCAGUGGGACAUCAAGAAGAUCAACAAUGCACACACGAUUGGCUGUAACGCGGUAAGCUGGGCCCCUGCCGUGGUCCCAGGCAGCCUGAUUGAGCAGCCAUCAGGACAGAAACCAAAUUACGUCAAACGGUUUGUGUCCGGAGGCUGCGACAACCUGGUCAAACUCUGGAAAGAAGAGGAUGGCCAGUGGAAGGAGGACCAGAAGCUGGAGGCUCACAGUGAUUGGGUGAGAGACGUUGGCUGGGCUCCUUCUAUUGGUCUGCCCACCAGCACCAUCGCCAGCUGCUCCCAGGACGGACGUGUGUUCAUAUGGACGUGUGAUGACCCAGCUGGCAACACAUGGACGGCCAAACUGCUGCACAAGUUCAACGACGUUGUCUGGCAUGUCAGCUGGUCCAUUACGGGAAACAUCCUGGCUGUGUCCGGAGGAGACAACAAGGUGACCCUGUGGAAGGAGUCGAUGGAUGGCCAGUGGGCGUGUAUCAGUGAUGUCAGCAAAGGCCAGGGAGCAGUCUCCACCAUCACAGACACGCAGCAGAUUGAGCAGUGACACACACAGAUGCAUGAAGUUCUCAAGAGGACUCAAAUGAUUGUUUGGAUUUUUGCAUAAAUACAAAUAUCAUGAAUUACUAUUUUAAAUCAGAUAAACUGUUUGCCCUCCUGUCCCUCCCAGAUAUCCCAUCAUGCUCUUGUGCCCAAACAUUCCUCCUCCUACAGCGGAGACCAUGUAAAGUUUAGAUCGCAUGAUCUAUUAUUGGCUCAUUACACCUCUUGACUUUUGAACAAAGCUUUUGUUUCAGGUGCGAGCAUUUUUCAGGAACCACAAAUGUUUCAUACUUGUAUGUAAUUAAAAAAAAAAAGAAUA